CCAAGUUAAUAAUUAUAGAAAUAGUAUUUAAAAAAGUAAAAAAUUAUAGCUAGUACUCUUCUGAAAUUUAUACUAUUUCUUUAAAUAGAAUUUUUGUUACUAUAAAUUCAUUUAAUAUCGUAAUAACUAUUGCGAGAUGCAGAGUCAGAGGGUUAGAGCGAGAGGAGCGGCGACAGGGGAGGCCAGCGGCACCAGACAGCGACAGAGGUUCAAGCGUUGGAUUCCGGGGGUAGACCAAAAGCUUUUAGGACAGAUAAAGACCUUCUUCUUCUACAACUUUCCAGAAAAUUGUGAGGAAAAAGACUUACGGUAUAGUUUUCAGAGGUAUGGGAAAGUAUUAGAUGUUUAUCUGCCAAAGAAGCGAGACAAAUGGGGGAAAAGAUAUGGAUUUCUGCGUUUGUUAGGGGUACAGAAUGACAACCAGAUGGUGAGAAGACUUAAUGACAUCUGGUUUGGAUCAUACAAGCUGCGAGUGAAAAUUGCAGAGGAGCGAAGCAAUGGGAGAGUAAAGGAGGCAGAGACAAGAGGUAGAACACAGCAGAGAGUAGACAGAUUAGUACAACCAGGACAGUCAUAUGCCCAGGCGGUGAAAGGGAAAGAACAGAAGUCGCAACAGCUGCUGAUGCGUGGAAGAACAAUGGAAAGGGACGAAAGGGACAUUACCCAUCGAAAAAAGACACCAAUUCAAGCUAGACAACAAAAAAGGAAGGAGGAAGUGGCAUCAUGCGACACAUUAAAUAUCAAAAAACGGAUGGUGGAGAAUCUGGACAUGGAAACACAGGAGGAAAUUAUGGAAUUUAUACCAGAGCAGAGUGAACUCCAAUGGCUUGAAGGAGGCAUGGUGGUCAUCGUCAAAUCUCUAUCAAUAAUCAAUGAAAUUCAACAGAGGAUUGAUGUAGAUGGCGGCUUGAUCACUCUAGCACCAUUAGGGGGCAGAAGGGUGCUGUUAACUGAAAAGGAACCGGGAUACUUAUUGGAAUUUAUGAAGCUCAAUAAAGAAGUGUGGAAGAAAAGCUGUAUGAGAUACGGGUGGAGGAAGAAGAAUGGCGAUCCGACCCAGAUUGGUGGUUGUCAGAGGAUGAGCGGGGGGGGUGAGUCACAAACGGAGUCGGAACAGUCCUCGGAACAGUCCUCGGAACAAUCUUCGGAGCAUUCUUUGGAGCAGGUAGAUGAGGAUGAUCAGGAUUGGGUAAACUUCGAAAUCUGCGACGAAGAGGACGCCAGCAUUGAUGAGGAGCAAUUAAUGAAGGAUGGACGUUGGAAUUCAAAUUCAAAAUUCAUAUAUACAGAGGAAGAAAGGGAGAGGCGGCAUACAGAGGAAGGAAAUGAGGGUAGAGAGGAUGUGGGUAGUGGGCCGACCAAAGACAGUGGGCCGAAGACAACAAAAGUAAGUGGGCUGGGAGAAAUUGGACUAAAAGAGGCAGAUGGCCUGGGAAGGAACCUUAGCCACGGACAGAAGAUGAGGAUUAAAAAGAAAGGGCCCGAGGAGACAGAUAAGGGGAUUAUGACAAAACCAGAUCUGGAUCUGAGGGUACUAGGGAGCAAACGAAGAAGAAAGCUGGAGGAAUGUUACCCAGAGAGUUUGGCGAAAAGCUGGCCAAAGAAGAUGCAGGAGACAAAUGCAAGAGCAACACAAGGACACAAAGGGAGAGCAGAUCCUUCAACGGGGUCAGCGAAUAAGGUAAAUCUGGUUGGUAGUUGUUCAAUUUCUGAUGGAUGCAUUGCAAAUAGAAACAGGGAGCUUAGAAGAGAGAUGAUCUUGCAUGAGGUGAGGAAGAUGUUGAGCGUAGGGAAGAGAUUGGGAUUUCAAACCCAAGAAAAUGAAGAGGAAAUCCAGUCUCGGUUAGUGGAGUUGGAAGAGAGGGAGGAGGCAGGGGAUCGACAGGGGGGCUUGGGUAGUGUGUUGAAGAGGAAAGAGAUAGGUAAAUUGGUGAGAGAGGAACGACCAGAUUUUCUAUUCUUGCAAGAAUCUAAGUUAGAAAGAGUGGAUGAUGACUUGAGUAGAACAGUGUGGAAUUCGAGAGAGUGUGGCUGGGUAAUGAAGGAAUCGAUAGGAGCAUCAGGAGGCUUGUUGUGUUUUUGGAACAAAAAGACCUUUGAUAAGACGGGAGAUCACACAGGUGAUGGUUAUCUGAGAAUAUCAGGGGAGUGGGGAAUUCAUAAGGAGAAGUGUAACCUAGUGAACGUGUAUGGGCCAAAUGAUAGACAGAAAAGACUCAAGUUAUGGGAUGAACUAAGGAAUAUGAUCACAGAAGAGGGAGGAAGAUGGUUAAUUGCGGGAGACUUUAACGCUGUAAGAUGUCUUGAGGAAAGAAGGGGAAGAACAGGGGAGAGCCUAGAUAUGAGGGAGUUUGAUGCGUUUAUUCAAUCAGCAGGCUUAAUUGAUAUCAAAAUGGUUAAUAGGCGCUUCACAUGGUACAAGCCAGAUGGUACAGCCAUGAGUAGACUGGAUAGAGUUUUGAUGAAUGCAGAGAUGAGCAGAUUGGGGGGAGAUUGGGUGCAACAAGGCUUGAAACGGAACAUCUCAGAUCAUUGUGCAAUAGUGGUGAAAUCAAGAACAACGGACUGGGGACCAAAGCCAUUCCGAGUUUUGGAUGCAUGGUUACUCCAUCCAGAUUUCAAGAAGAUAAUUGAGGAGAAAUGGAAAGCAAUGGAGGUAGAUGGGUUUGCAGGGUACAAAUGCAAACAGAAGUUAAAGGGGUUAAAGGAGUUUUUAAAGGGAUGGAACCGAGACAUAUUUGGAGACAUGGAAGUUCAAUAUCAACAGGCUGUUAAACAGAUUGAGCAGGUUGAUAUGAAGAAUGAGGAGCUUGAUCUGGAGGAAUUUGAAAUUCUGCAGAGACAAGAAGGAUUUCAGAAAAUGUGGGACAUAAUGAGGAAGAGAGAAGUGAUAUGGAAACAGAAGUCAAGAAGCAAUUGGGUACGUGUGGGAGAUGCAAACACGCGGUUCUUUCAUAGAGUUGCAAAUGGUAGAAAGGCCCAAAAUUAUAUCACAGGCUUAAUGUGUGACGGAAGCUGGGUGGAAGAACCAACACAGGUUAAGAAGGAGGCGAUGAAUUAUUUUAGCAAGCUAUUUCAAGAAGAUAAGUGGAGUAGACCAAAGCCGUAUGGGGUAAAUUUCAAGCAAAUUUCCACAGAGGAAAAUCAAUGGCUUGAACGACCAUUCUCCACCAAAGAAAUUGAGGAAGCAUUACGAAGUUGUGAAGGCUCAAAAGCUCCGGGCCCAGACGGGUACAACUUUAACUUCCUUAAAUUUGCAUGGAAUAAUUUAAAGGAAGAUUUUAUGAGCUUUUUUUCUGAAUUUAAUCAGAAUGGUAAAUUGGUUAGUGGGCUGAAUUCAUCUUUCCUAACUUUAAUCCCCAAGAAAAUUAAUUCUAUGGAAUUAAAGGAUUAUAGACCCAUUAGCUUAAUUGGAUGUGUGUACAAACUGUUAGCAAAGGUGUUGGCUAAUAGACUUAAAUCUGUGCUGCCGGGGAUUAUUAGUGAAAAUCAAUCUGCUUUUUUGGGAGGACGUCAGUUAGUUGAUGGGGUUUUGGUGUUGAAUGAAGUGGUAGAGGAAGUAAAGCGAAAGAAACAGCAGGCUUUUGUUUUUAAAGCUGAUUUUGCGAAGGCAUAUGACUGUGUGAAUUGGUCAUUCUUAGAAUGGAUGAUGGAUAGAAUGGGUUUCGGAACCAAGUGGAGAAGGUGGAUCAUGGAAUGCUUAUCAACCUCUAGAAUUUCAGUUCUGAUGAAUGGCAGUCCGACGGAGGAGUUCAAGGUUGAAAAAGGAUUACGACAAGGUGACCCGUUAUCUCCAUUUUUAUACUUGAUGAUUGGGGAGGGACUAAAUGGACUGGUGCAAAAAGCAGUGACAGAGGGGCUGUUUCAAGGUGUAGAAAUCGGCAGGAGGGGGUUAAAGAGUUCUUUACUCCAAUUCGCAGAUGACACAAUUAUUAUGGGAAAAGCUGACACAGAGAAUGUAUUUAUGGUCAAAACAAUCCUGCGAUGGUUCGAACUGAUGUCUGGUUUACGAAUUAAUUUCAGUAAGAGCAGCAUUUAUGGAUACAAUGUGCCAAUAAGUUGGGUAGAAGGAGCAGCCGGUAUGCUACAUUGUGGUGUUGGGAAACCUCCUUUUAUUUAUUUAGGAUUGCCCGUUGAUGGAAAUCCUGGGAGAAAGAAGUUUUGGGAGCCACUGAUAUAUAAAUUCCGAGCCAAACUCGCUGUCUGGAAAGCUGCUUCGCUAUCCUUCGGUGGCCGCCUCACUCUGCUCAACUCGUAUACAGAGAACCUUUUUAUGGGGAGGGGGUGAGUCACAAAAAAAAGAUUUCUUGGGUGAAAUGGGAACAUGUAUGCUGUAGUAAACUAAAAGGGGGUUU